AUGGGUUCACGACAACAUCUCCGUGACAUCAAGUCAGGACACCCACUUGCAUAUGAGGAUGAUAUCAGAGCCUCCAAGAGAGAAUAUGCAAAGGCUUUAGACUCUGAAGAUCCCCUUCGCCACUUCCGAGAUGAGUUCAUAAUCCCAUCUAAGAAGGACCUGAAGAGAACCAAAUUGACUGUUGAAGAAUCCGAAAACGAUACUAGUGCAGAUCCUACAUGCAUUUACUUCUGUGGAAAUUCGCUAGGAGUUCAACCUCGCAGCACUAAACGCUACAUCGAGCAGUACCUACGAGCAUGGGCAACUAAGGGUGUGACAGGCCACUUUGUACCCCAUGAUGAUCAACUUCUCCCACCGUUCGUUGACGUCGACUCUGCAGGCUCAAAAUUGAUGGCGCCAGUCGUUGGGGCAUUGCAGAGCGAAGUGGCUGUGAUGGGAACACUAACCGCCAAUUUACAUUUCCUCAUGGCAAGCUUCUACCUUCGGCAUCACAAGUUCAACCCUGAAGAAGCCAUGGUCCUUAUUGAGCCAGAGGAUCUUGAUCGUCCAAUUUUGAGUACUGAGCAGAUUCUCAAAGUGAUUGACGAUAAUGCAUCCAGCACGGCCCUGGUCCUGCUUUCUGCAAUUCAGUUUUAUACUGGUCAAUAUUUCGAUAUGGAGCGAAUCACGAAGCAUGCUCACUCCCAUGGCAUCUUGGUUGGUUGGGACUGUGCUCAUGCCGCAGGCAAUGUAGAUCUACAAUUGCAUGAUUGGGAUGUUGAUUUUGCAGCUUGGUGCAGCUACAAGUAUAUUAAUAGUGGGCCCGGCGGAAUGGCAGCCAUAUUCGUUCACGAACGCCAUGGCCGUGUGGAUGAGAAGCAGCCUGACAGUGACCAGACCUUCCGGCCUCGUCUCUCGGGGUGGUGGGGUUUCGAUAAAUUCGUUCCCCAACCAGGUGCCGCAGGGUUCCAGCUUUCCAAUCCAUCAGUCCUCGAUAUCACUGCCGUCGCCUCCUCUCUGGAAAUCUUCAACCGAGCGACAAUGAAGGAAAUCCGGCAAAAGUCAAUCAAGAUGACAGGAUACCUUGAACAUCUUUUACUGAAUUAUCCACUCGAUGCCCCGCCAGAAGAGAAGCCAUUCUCCCUUAUUACGCCCUCCAACCCUGCUGAAAGGGGUGCCCAGCUGAGCCUUCGGCUCCAGCCAGGACUGCUAGAUCGUGUUUUGCAUCAUCUUGAGGAGAACGGUGUGGUUAUUGAUGAAAGAAAGCCCGAUGUUGUUCGCGUGGCCCCCGCCCCUUUGUACAAUACGUACGCCGAAAUAUGGGAUUUCUGUCAAAUUUUCCUCCAGGCGUGUCGCGAGGCAGUUAAGGCUCUGCAAAUGGAGGCAACCGCACUCACGCCCACAGUCUCCGUCGAUAUAGAGUCUAAUCUGAACGACGAUGUGGGAAAUCAUAGCGAGGCGGUCGGUGAUGUCGACUACUCCAUUUUCCCUUUGAGCCAGAGACGGUUUAUUGUGUUUAUGGCCUCGUGGGCAGGGUUCUUCUCGCCGGUUUCGUCGCAGAAUUAUUUCCCCGCUCUGAAUACAUUGGCGAAAGAUCUCCAUGUGUCAAAUUCUUUGAUCAACUUGACUCUGACAAGCUACAUGGGUCUUUCGCCCAUGUUUAUCGGAGAUUUCGCCGAUAAAGCUGGACGACGACCAGCUUACGUGGUAUGUUUUGUCAUUUACAUCGCAGCCAAUAUCGGGCUUGCAUUGCAGAAUGACUACGCUGCUUUAUUCGUGCUCAGGUGCAUGCAGAGUGCAGGAAGCAGCACCACGAUUGCCCUUUCGUCCGGAGUCGUGGCCGAUGUAGCCUCUGCAGCCGAACGAGGGUCGUACAUGGGCUUUGUCACUGCAGGAUCUCUUCUAGGUCCUUCAGUGGGGCCUGUCAUUGGAGGACUGUUAUCGCAGUUCCUUGGCUGGAGAGCUAUUUUCUGGUUUCUGGUGAUAUUCGCAGGGGCAUUCCUGGUCCCAUUUCUAGUCCUCUUUCCCGAGACUGCGCGUGGCAUUGCAUGGAAUAUGUCCUUGGUGAACUACCUCGAUACACGAAAGGCUCGCAAGCAAGGUGUAUCUGUUCCGGAGCCUCCCCCGAGACAAAAGCUCAGCUUUCCAAACCCAUUCCCAACACUGGCAAUUGUGUUUCAGAAAGAUACGAGCAUCAUCCUUUUCUGCAAUGCAGUGCUGUUCGCCGGGUUCUACGAUGUUAGCGCCACGAUUCCGUCGAUCUAUCAUGACCUAUAUGGACUAGAUGAUCUACAGGUUGGCUUAUGCUAUAUCCCCUUCGGGCUUGGUGCAAGUGUUGCGUCUAUCCUCAAUGGCAAGCUAUUGGACUUCAAUUAUCGGCGCGUAGCAAAGAGAAUGGGGUUCCCUGUUGUCAAGAACCGAUUCGUGGACCUGCGAGGGUUUCCCAUUGAAAGGUCCCGCCUCGAGAUCGCCUUUCCCGCGCUCACAAUUGGCAGUUUGAGCAUCUUGGCUUUUGGAUGGUGCCUAAACUUUGGUGUCCAUCUUGCUGCCCCUACAACCAUUUUGUUCGUUAUGGGUCUUGCACUUACAGCCUCUUUCAAUACAGUCAGCACUCUCCUGGUUGAUCUGUAUCCUACCCAAGCCGCCAAAGCAACCGCAGCCAACAAUGUGGUUCGUUGCCUGCUUGGAGCUGGGGCUACUGCUGUGGUUGAUUUUAUGUUGAAUGCCAUGGGCCGGGGCUGGUGUUUUACCUUCAUUUCGCUCGUCAUGCUCUGUACCGCUCCGCUGCUGUUGAUUGUGGUCCAUCGAGGUCCCAAUUGGCGAGAAGAACGACGGCGGAAGGAAGAUGCCAAAGAAUUACAAAAUGCGCCAACUGUCCAAGUUGUACAUGAGAACCAGACCGAAAAAGCCUCUUAG